AGGUCGUCCCGUUGGACGGGGCGUAAACGCGGCCAGUCAGUGGCGAGAUCGCGAUGGAGACGGAACGGUGCGAGGCGACGGCUGCGAUUACUGCGACGGCCGGAACGACAACGGCGACGGGCACGACGGGGACGACGACCGCCACCACGGGUUUGUUGCUUUACGACGCGAAACCCAGACACACCAUCGACAACAUACUGGGCUUGGGACUGAGGAAGGAGGAGGAGAGUGCCGGCGAGGGCAGUUGCAAUUCGAACGACGGCACCGACCUGCGGUUCAAGAUGUCUUCGCAGACGGGCAGCGGCAGCGAGGACGAGGCGGCGGCGGCGGCGUCGGGCGGCGGCGGCGGCGGCGGCGGCGGAGCGUCCGACUGCAAGAAGAAGCACCGCCGCAACCGCACCACCUUCACCACGUACCAGCUGCACGAGUUGGAGCGCGCCUUCGAGAAGAGCCACUAUCCGGACGUGUACAGUCGCGAGGAGCUCGCCAUGAAGGUCAACCUGCCGGAAGUGCGCGUCCAAGUCUGGUUCCAGAACCGGCGCGCCAAAUGGCGGCGGCAGGAGAAAAUGGAGGCGGCCCGUUUGGGUCUGAGCGAGUACCACGCCGCGACGCUCUCCCGCGCCGGCUCCUCGCUCUCCCUCCCCAUGGACCCGUGGCUGUCGCCCCCUCUGCUGUCGGCGCUCCCGGGAUUCCUCAGCCAUCCGCAGACCGGCUAUCCCAGCUACCUGACGUCGCCGGUGCCCUCGCAGGACUCGAGGAACGGCGGCGGUGGCGGCGGCGGCGGUGGUGGCGGCGGUGUCGUCGCCAGCCCGCCCGACAUCAGAACGACGUCCAUCCAGGCGCUGCGACUCAAGGCGAAGGAGCACGUCGAGAACAUCACCAAGGGCUUGCAGAUGGUCUAAUAUGCGUUUGUCUCGCUUGUAAAUAGCUGUCCCACUAACUAACAAACAAACACUCAUAUUGUAAAUAGACUCGGACUUUUUAUAGUUUUAGUGUUGUAAAUUUGUUAUACCGGUGUACAUAAUCUCUUUUUCUUUCUCUUUCUCUCUUUUUCUUCUUCUUUUCCAUUUCUUCUCUUCUCUUCUCUUCUGCAUCCGUGCACACAUAUGCUGACUGACUUCUCUUCUGGUUCCGGUCGAGGAGAGAGUGAGUGUGCGUCAGUUGCCACAUGAAACGGAUAUUACUGCGAUGAUGAUGAUGAUGGUGGUGGUGAAGUUUUGAUGUUUGUAUUGUCUAUCUAUCUAUCUAUCUAUCGUUAAAUGUGGAAGCGAGUCGGGUUUUCGUUUUUAUCAUGUUUCUUUUCUAGAGCUGUGAAUUUUUGUAAAUAAAGCACUGAAUU